CAAAACACUCCACGUGACGCCUGACGCCAAUGAAGCGUCAUAGAUGUCGGGUUUGCAUUUUUCCAAACUGGCACCAAUCGAGGUUUAAUAAGCGAUGCCAUCUCUUCUCUUAGCCUCACUCUGCAACUGCAUUUUGGCGUGUGACACUGAGCGGUGUAGGAAGACUUCUCGUAAACAUCAUGACUUUCAUGCAAGCCUUGUGCUUCGUUCUGUUGGUUGGUUUGGCCGCGGCAUUUCAACCAGACUGCCCCAAGUGUCCUCCGAUGUGGACUUUCUACAAUGGCAACUGCUACCGUUUGUUCGGCACUGGUAAGACCUUCGCUGAAGCUGAGAAGUACUGCCAGCAGUUCGCUCAAGUCGGCCAGGGUCAUGUGGCGUCCAUAACCAGUGCUGAGGAGAAUAAUCUGCUCCUCACGAUGUGGAAGUCGGCCAGUGAACCCAAAAAAAUGGGUGCACUGUGGAUCGGCUUUACUGACAAGGCAGGGGAAGGGAACUUCAUCUGGACGGAUGGAUCACCGGUCGGUUUCACAGCAUGGAGCGAUGGCAAACCCAAUUACGGCUCCGGUCAGCCGUGUGCUCACAUGCGGUACAAUUAUGCCGCAUGGAAUGACGCCCAAUGCGACAAUGUGUGGCCACACAUCUGCAAGAUGGCAACUACAGACUAAAUUGACCCUACGAUGGACAGCCACAGAGAUGCGUCAGAACAUAUUUGCCACAUCAACCCUGAAGCUCUUAACAACGAUACCAAGUCAACGUCAUCGGCUAUGAUAUCACCAAACAGUGAAAAAGAAAUCGUUUCAAUAAACCCAAUUCGCAUCUUAGUUGCUUCAACGUUUACGAACCUGCUGCAUGCUUUCAAGUUUAACGUUUAGUGUUUAGCUUUGAGCGUUUUAUCAGGUGUCCAGUUGAAUAGUGAGAAGAAUAUGGAUGAACUAAUCUGCCGAUGUUCUCAAGCUGCACUACAGGGUAAGUCAAAAAAGCGGAACCCAAACCCCAUAAAAUAUAUUUUAUAUUUAAAAAAAUAUGUAGCACCAAAAAUAAUAAUGAAUGGAGAGACACUUUCAUAAGCUACUUUGAGAUAAAAAAAAAUAAAUGCUCAAUCCGUUUAAAGAAUAUCGCCAUUUAAACACAGUGACUCUAAAACUUGUCUCGUCCAAAAAGGCAAUUCAUUGCGUGUUUUGGCUGUUUGGAACAACAAAGAAAAUGACACAGAAUACUUGUUUCACCAACUGUCACCAACUCUAGUACACAAUAUCUUCAUUAACAACCCCGGUUAGGCAAACAAUAUGAUUUAUAAAAUCUUCUUUUUCAAAGGACGGGCCUGCAAACGGAUUCUGUUUAAUAUUUUUAACGUUUAAACUGAGAUUUUAUCGCUGGUGAUGUUUGAAGACAAUUGAGACGACGAUUCUUGAAAUCGCAUUUUUUGGACGAGAUUGGUUUAAGGGUCAUUGUAUUUAAAUGGUGAUAUUUUCUGAACAGAUGGACCAAUUUUAGUCAUCUUUUCAUCUAAAAGUACCUUAUGAGAUUGGCUUUCCAGUCAUUAUUGUUUUGGUGCUACAUUUUGUUUUUUUAAAUGAAGUAUAAUUUUUGGGGGUUGGGUCCGCUUUUUUGACUCACCCUGUACUAUACGCCAAUGACAUUAUUAAGGAAACAACGAACUGGAACGUGUCUCAAAUCUACAACAAAGAAAUUUUCAAUUCAAAUCCGAUUUCUCACGUUUCUCAACAGAAAUAGAAAGCUUGACUUUACUGGAUACCUCUUUUUAAACUUUAUAUAAUAAUUUACUCUUGAUUUUUUCUCUACAACUUCGUUCUUAUAUAUUUAUUUGUUUCCGUUUAAUUUUCAACUUCUUGUUCAUUUGUACGUACUGGUAGAGGGGAUUUGUUUCAGUUAAUUUUGCCGUCAAAGUACAAUAAGAACACUCAAAAGCUCAGAUGUUGAUGGACUAAUGAAAAACUAAUUGCAUCAGUAAAAUAAAACAUCCGGAUAAUUUUACAUAUCACAGACUAAACUAAGGUUAAGCGGUAGUCAAGAAUCGGAAAAGCGGAAAUAGUCAGAAUCGUUUGGUCUGGGAGCCAGACUACUAUGCUGAUAUUCUUAAUGGUGAUGUAUUGCCCGGGAGCAGAAGCCCAAUUGAUCGCUUGGCAUACUGACUAAACAAAAAGGCAUAUUCAAAUCGGUUCAUUCAUUUUCUGUUUGUUAUAAAACGACAGAGGGCACUCGCUGCUGUCGAAUUACUCGUUAGCCAA